AAAAUUGGGCUAACCAUUGGUUAUAGUCUGAUCCUUGUUGUUUCACUGGCUGGGAAUUCUGCCAUUGGAGUGAUUUUCUAUAAAACACCAAGCCUGCGAAAACCCAUAAAUUAUUUGAUCAUAAACAUGGCCAUGUCCGACCUGAUAUUUCCGUUUAUCACGGUGCCUUGGUUCCUAGUAAGAUUUUAUACAACUCCUGUUGAUCAUUGGCUUAUUGGCGGCCCUCUUGGCCAAGCUUUGUGCAAGCUUAUAGUUUACGUAACAGCGGUUUCCUACGGUGUGUCGUCUCAGAGCUUAGUUCUGAUAGCAGUGGAUCGCUUUGUAGCGGUGGUGUUCCCACUUCGUUCCACAGUCAUUAGUCGCAAAUUGUUUCCCUUCGUCAUUACCGCCACAUGGAUCAUUGCUUUGGCUUUUUACUCGCCGUGGUUGAAAAGCGUGAAAGUAGUCGAAUUAAAAAGGCGCAGUAUCUGUUCCGUGAUUGAUACUUCUGACGAAAUUAAGUCCUGGCAAAUUGCCGUAUUCAUCACAGAUUACAUCAUUAUCAUCAUCACUAUCGUCCUGCUGGUCAUUCUGUACUCCAUCAUCGUCAUCAAGCUCAAACAACAGGCACGUCCAGGUGAACAGUCGAAUAAUGCUGAGAAAAAGCGCGCAGAAAGAAACAGGAAAGUGUUAAGAAUGGCAUGUGCUAUCGUGUUAGCAUUUUCACUCUGUUGUGUACCCAUGCUCACUAUUGGUUUUAUGUCCCUCUUUCCCAAGAUCAUGUCUAGUUGCGGUGUUCCUAUAUUUGUUUUUAUUGCCAUAUUCAUGUAUCACGUUAACUGUGCUGUCAACCCGAUUAUUUGCCUUAUUUUUAGCAGUAAUUAUCGCCAAGGACUUAAGAGACUUUUGAAAUGCUAAGAACAACUAAUGUGAAUGUGCAUUAUAUCAAAAAUGCAUCUCGAGGGCUUCAGAAAAGCCGACUACCAUUCAGGACGUUGUCCCUAUCCACAGUAACAUUACAGUGAAAUUUGACCCAAGUAUUAAAGAAAGAAAGAAAGAAAGAAAGAAUGAUUUGGAGGUAGCACAUCCACAAUGUAGGUUUUCGUCUACCUGAUUCCUGGUCGAAUUGGAAUUUCUUGGGACACUUUAACGUUGUAUUUAACCCGCGUCAGAUAAAUAAUAGGUAUAUGUUAAGUUUUAAUCAAAAAAGCGCAGCAUAUAAGCAAACUAGUACAUGGAAAGUUGAAUAAAUUGAUAUUUCAGUUUGCUUUAAUUGAUAUUCAUUAAUGCUUAAGAAAUAAAAAAGUAUACUUUGUACCUUUGAAUAAACAUAAUAAAGUUCAUUUUGGAUUGCAAUUUAUAGAAUGUUAAAAGAUCUAAGAGACUAAACAUGAAAUCAAUAAACUGAAAUGAAAAACCUUUCAGUAGUUGUCAAUUGUAAUAAUCAGUCACUACAGUAUGGGCUCUAAUAUCUGGAAAUGUAUCUUGCCAUAUUCAAAAAGUUUGCGUGUGCGUCUAAUUUAUAUCGGCCUUUAAUCAACAACAAUAGCAAAGCGUGAAAAACACGCUCCUUGUGAGGUGUAGAAUCGAUACGCCUAUUAGAGAAAAAAGCUCCCGUGAACAAUUUUGGAAGAAGAGUUCCCGGUGCCAAGAAAUACGGCUGCAAGUAAAUAGGUAAUGGCGUCAUCACAUUGCCAUGACAACUCCGAUGUCAUUGCAACCCUGAUUAUAACAAAUUAUCAUCUUUAUCUAACACAGCUGUGGUGGUAAUUUUUGCAAAUUUUUGUUAAUGGGGACGUAGUUUAUGCUCAAACUUGGGAGGUAUUGACCCUCAAAAACCCUAUCGAGCCACCUUUAAAAGAGUGGUUCUGCGUCGGUGGUUCGAACGAAACCGACAAAAAUUUUUAGUUUAUUAAAUGCAACGAUAAAUACAAUUCACUACAUGAAGGAAUUUAAAACCUUAUAUUAUGAACUCUAUUUAAAACUUGGCGGCAAUUUGAAUUUGGGUUAAAAGCAUGAGCCUAGGAUCGAAUAUCCAUUUUUCUGUUACCUAAACAAUCUGACAGUAAAAUUUAGUACCCCCUUUGCUGAUAACGUUCUGUCAGGAAAAAGGUGGUCAUUGUAAAUCAUUCGUAUAAUAAGUUAAUGUUUGUAGUUCUAAUUUUUUUUAAUGCCAAAUUCAAGACGGGAAGCCAUUUGAGCUAGUGGAUAUUUCUAUUCACCUUUGAAAAAAAUUGAAUUUUUAGAAAAAGUAACACGCUUUUUUAUUUCAAAAUGAUUUAUGUUUCACCUGACCACAUGAAGACGUGCCACGGUUGGCAUAUAGUCGCAAAGAAAGCUAACACCAUGGAAAAGCAGCUUGUUUAAUAACACUAGCAAUACUACCCAGGAAUAGUGACUUUAUGAAAGUGUCAAAAGAAAUUCAAUUGGGCUAAACUUCUUUUACUAUUAGUAAUUUCUUAAUUCCACUUUAUAACUGAUGCACCAUCCCAAGUUGCUCCACUUAUGCGUUUAUUGUUUUACUGUCCCUCGUGGGUGAUAAGUUCAUUCGCCCGCCCGCAGCAAAGCACUCACAACAAUGAAAACGGGUUACUUUACUUCGUAGACAACGCAAGGGGUUGUUAGAUUGAGGUGACGCGAUUAAAGCGCCUUCUAAAAAUAGAUUAUGAAACAACCCCUUUAACUUUUUUCCGUGACAAUGUGAACGAAAAUCACUUUGUCAAAGAAAGAGAAUAGACAAGCUGUGGUGGUGUAGCAAAAAUUUAAGUUUAUCAACUGAAUCGAUAAAACCCUGACGUCACGUCACGCACUCAAUAUAAAAGUUUAAUUAAAAACUUUUCCUUCUUUUUUAUUAAAAGUAUGGGCCUAAAUGGCUGCGCAUAUCUUUUUUUCGCUGAUUGAAUUGCAUAUUCCCAAAAAUGGGUUAAUUUUGUUCAUCUAACUUUUAUGCAAAAUGUAAAGUUGCAUGGAUACCGCGCCAUUAUUGAGGUUGCAAACGCUGUAUGCCUUUUGAAGGCAACUCUCCCCAAAAGGCAGUCUCGUACACAGAGUCUUCUAGCCUUUUGGUCAACGGGGUAACGCCAGGAGAACUCUGGGGACACCAAAUCUCGACCGCAGAAAUCAUGCGGUUCCGCUUGUUUUGCGCAUGCCUUGGUUCUUAAACGGAAGUCAAAUAUCCAAGAACGUGAACAUGAGAUCCGAAGCAACUUUCUAUUUCGGAAACUUGCAACGAUAGAUGAUUCUCAGUGAAAUUUUGGAAGAAAAGGCGAAAGACGUAAAUUCUAGCCGGUAAGUACUCGUUGUAACAUACUACUUUUUGUGACAUCUGUCCGCUAUAGAAUCGAAUCCAAAAUGCUUUUUUGUGUGGUCUGAUCGAAGUCAAGUAACAAAACACAGCAAUUUAUUAUGUAGGGCUGUGAUCACAUCCUAAUUUUCCCUCUUUUCCUUAUGUGAUCCACCAGAGCAUCGACAAGGCCUGCGAUAUGUUAUGGGAGAUUGCACCAAGGCAAGAGAACUGUAUGGACCGAUUUAUAAGAAAAAUAAACAGCACAUCCAAGGAGAACAAUAGGGCCAUUUAUACGAGGAAAAAUAAGACGCGUCUUACAUAAGACGCGUCCUAAAUAAGACGCGAACUUUCCGUUUAAAAGGCACAUUUCGUCUAAAGUAAGUCGCGUCUUAGCUAAGUCGCGUCUUAUUUUAGACGAAAUGUGCCGUUUAUACGGAAAAUUCGCGUCUUAUUUAGGACGCGUCUUAUGUGAGACGCGUCUUAUUUUUCCUCGUAUAAAUGGCCCUAAUAUUUCGUAUGCAUGCCUUGCCUUUUACAUUGUAUCUAAGAUUUUUUUUUUGUUAUUUUAGCAAAGUAGACCCCUUUCACCUGAGACUUUUUGUCCAAUAAAAUACGUUUUGUUAUAACUUUUGUGUGUUAAUAGGAAUUGAAAAAAUCCCAAACUCUCACUCAGUUCAGGGAUCACAUAUUGCCAUUCAGAAUAAGUAUGUCCAGUGUUUUUGUUGUAUUUACCCUACUCGAAGAGACUUUCGAAAUAAUUAUUUAAGAGCAAAUAUAAAAUGGUGAUUUAUCAUUGACGGUCUUGCUUCCAUCCUUCUUUGGCUUGCUGGCAGCCUAUAGGUUAGUCGCAUGAUUGUCCCAGGUGUACGCUUGUGGUAUAGUACGAACCUUGCUGCACUGUGUUGCAUCCGUUUGAUUUUGUAGUUGUUUUAUUGUGACUAAGGAUCCCAUUCACGGCUUGCGUACUCUAAAUAAGGCCUUCCAAUUAUACCAACAAAUAUUUUCACCCUAUUAUGUAGCUCCGUUAAUUUGACCAGGAGUGGAUAAAAGGUUGGGACCCAUCAAGGGAAGGGGAGGAGGGGAAACUUGAUCCAUCAGUUUUGGCUUAGCUCUGUUUAUACAUGAAUAAAAUAUUUUUUUUAUAUCACAGAUUUCAGUGUGCUCAUGAUCCUCUUUGUUUGCUUGCAAAUGACUUCCUCAUGGACCAAGGUCUAGAUAAAGCUUGAGACGUGUUAGUACAUUUUUAGUAGCUGAAAAUUUAGAUCAGAAGUAUGCUCCUUCUUGAUAUCAAUUACGUAGAUCACUGGCUUUGAAUCUCUCAAAAUUCUCGAGUUCUCACAUGGAUUUUAGCCAAAUCACAAUUAAGCAGGUUGGACCAUUCUUGAACUCAAGCUUUGACAUGGUGCAUGUGAUUAUAGCCUUUGUGAAAGUUACUUUUGUGGGAGUAUAGCUUAGUUAUUCAGCCAUAUGCUAGCUUAAGCAGUGCUACUUAAAUCCUUGUGAAAUCUAUUUGAAGUUGCUAACAAUAGCGAUGAACCUUGCAAAGUUUAUAGCUACGAAAAAGGCACGUUCCAAAACUCCGAUGAUUGGAAUCGCCUGUGCCUUUCUUUCCUAUUUGCUCUGUUCUUUUAGGCGUGUACUAACUGGAGACCAUGUACUCUUGUAUUUUAGUCGAGGGACACGACAGCCAUGAAGAUGCCAGAGCCUGUUUAGAACUGAUGAGAUGGAAAGUGAAAGAAGAUAUGAAAAGAACAGCGAGGCACAAGUCACCUCGCUUGUCUUUUGGCUAGGGCACAACAUAUUUACCUCUAUCAAAUCGGCAAAUGCUAUUAAAUUUGUCCAGUCUGUGUGAAAUUGUUACAUUGGUGAACCGUCUGGCAAGGAAUCUGUUUAGUUGUUAAAUUAACAUAAAAUGUGUCUGUGCAGCAGGUAUGCAAGAAUGAUUUAAGAUCCAUAAUUGUCUUAAAUUGAAACCUUAUUCAUGAUACCCACUACCCUUUCACGCUCAUUACGGUUGAUGGGAUAAAAGUGAUGUCACGUGGUAUUUCAAGGAGCAAACAAGUGGCAAAAUUUGCCAUAAAUCAUAACUAUAACAAAAUUCUCAAAUCUGAUUGGCUAUCAACUGCCAUGAUUUCAGCCUUAAUAGGACAGUUUAAUAGGACAGUACGCGUCAUGCCUAAGUUAUAAUUAGGGACCUUACGAUCCGACAACGGUGACCUCCAUGAAAACGUCGCUGAAAAAUAGACUUCGCAUUCUUUUGCUUUUUUUCGCGAUUAUUUCAAGGGGCCCAGUUACUAAAAGAAGGGAAUUUGGGUUAGAGCUAAAGAGAAGGAAUCGCGCCCGAGUUCUGACAGAGAUGGUAGAAUUUAUCGCCUUGCCGUUCCCGUUCUCAAGUAAACUUAAAAUUUGGUCAUUUCACGUCGAAGUUAUGCAGGGACGGCUAAGAAAUGUACAAAGGUUUGCUUUUAAAAAGAGCCUUAUAAAUCACAAAUUUUGUUCAAGUUAUGAUUAACUGGUAACAGAACUUCGUGUCGUCCAAUUGGGUCUGUAAUCAUACUCGUGAUUAAACAAAUCGGACUCCCGCUAAGCGGUCGUCCUAUACUCGUAUGAUUGCAGACCGAACUGCAAUCCACUCAUUCCUGUUACAUUACUAAUACGCGUAAUCGCGGUCGAGUUUGCCUUUAUUCUCGCAAAAUGAGACCGCCAUUGCUUGCAUUCGCAAAUUCUAUCACUCAUUUGCGCUCUAAAAACCAUGUGAUGGCAUUUGUCUUCCUAAAUUUUCUUGUUCCGUUACUAUUUUUGAAUGUUCUUCUUAACCUCAUCUAUGAUCACACAAAAAUUUGCGUUUGUCCGAUCGAUUCCGUGAUCGCAGUAAAACAAAGAGCGAACUUUGUAGCGUCUCUUUGAGAACUUUUUGCAAAAAGAAAUAAAAAGUUACAUCCCAAAUGACUAAGAAUACUUCAUUAUCUGUGAACAUCAAAACCAUACAUCCGAAAGCCCCAGAUACAAGGAUUUGUAUUUCGCGAACUUGGUAAACUUCCAUUUUAAGUUUGUAUUUGUCCUUAUUUAUGUAAAAGUAUUGAUAUAUUAUAAAUAAAGUAUUAUUUAUUAAUAUCUCGGAUUAUGCAUAAUGUAACUAAAAUAACAAAGUACUAUGUUAGAGGAAAUUGCUGUUUUAAGUCAAUUGUGUGCUACAUUCACCACUUACAUGCUGUUUCCCAUAAAUAAUGUUCCUGUAGAGUUAUGAAGAAAAUAUGAAACAAAUUUCUGGUCCCAUGUCCCAAUUGGGGCUUUUAAUUUCCAAUGUUAACAAACGAUCAUUUGCAGAAAGUAGAAAUAACGUAAUGUCAGUACGGGCUAAAACUUACAAAAUUUUUUUUAAGAUGAAUUAAAAUAAAUGUAAUCCUAAAAAUAUGACAUAAUUCAAAGUAAGAAGAAGAUCAGUGUUCAUACCGUUCCUGGUGUCCUCGUUUAAUUGAUUCCUAAUGGUAUUGCGUGAAAGUAAAAUAAUCUCUGCGCAGUCAAUGUUCUCCAAAAUGUAGUUUCAAAGUGAUCCUUCUGUGACUGUAGAUAUUUUUAAAAACCGCUUAACUAGUAUGGGUUCGAGGUAAAUUUGUGUUUCUCUGUACCACGAGUUUUUUGAAGAAAUCGCUUAAGGGAGUAUGUACCUGCCAUAAUUGCCUCCAUUAUGGCUAAGUUUCAACAAAUUCUUUGAGAGCGUUUUCGAAAUAUUUUGACACGCAGUUUUUUAUUUUAUUUUGACACGCAGUUUUUUCAUUAUUCACUGGCAUUGUUUUCAAGUUUCAUAUACACGUGCACAUUUAGCAAAAAGAUAGAAUUUGCAUCAAAAGGACCCUCGGUUAUAUCUCCCGAAUAUGCUAAUUACCGGGUAAAGAGAUUAGUGAUACAUUAUAACAUCAGAUAAAUUCUUUGUAAGAGUUCCUGUGAUGUUAUAACCCGAGUAAGAUAAUUAAGUAUUGCAUCCUACACGAUGAGCGGAGACGUUCACCGUUUCGGCUCUCACUGCUGUCGGUGACACAAGCCAAUUAUUAGCAUAUUCCGGGUAUUUCUUCGGAAAGUAAUCGAGAGUUCUUUUUGAUACAAAUUUAUAUCUUUUGCUAGUUGUGCACGUGCAUAUAAAACUUGAAAGCAAUGCCAGUGAAUAAUGAGGACACUCACUUGUAAACACAAAAUCGGGGAAAAAAAAUUGGUUAUAUUUGAGGCCCUAUUUAAAAGCCUUUCCUGUUUUCAAUGUUCUUGAAACUUGCAGGGAAUAUUUAUUGACAACUGGUCUCCAGAUUGUCGAAUUUAUAAAAAAAUUUAUCGAGCGGUUUUUUGAAAAAUGCAAAAUUUGUAGACAUGGACCAAAUUACGUCCAAAAACUGUAACAAAAGCAGCUGAAUGCAAGUCUUACUCGCGAUCGCUCAGAGUAAUUCCCCUCUUUUUUUGUAUGCAGUUUUCAAUGGAAUCAAACCACUGUGGAAUAAAGCCGCGUUUCCAAAGCUUAUCAGUUUCUUAAAAUAUUAGCGAAUUGUAUGGAUAGCAUGCUAUUUCACUGUUUUUAUGAUUGUUAAAACUGCGUGUCAAAAUAUUUCGAAAACGCUCAUAGAAUUUUUUGAAGCUUUUCCAUAAUGGAGGCAAUUAUGGCAGGUACAUACUCCCUUAAGCGAUUUCUUCAAAAAACUCGUGGUACAGAGAAACACAAAGAUAAAUAAAAAGCGUAAUGGCGUCAUUACGUUGCCAUGGCGACUCCGAUUGCAAUAAAACCCAGAUCAUAAAAAAUUUUCAUCGUUAUAUAAUACAGUUGUGGUAACCUUUUUCGCAUAUCUUUACUCAUGCCAACGUAGUUAAAGCUCAAACGUGGGAGGUAUUCCCCCCAAAAAAUCCAGUCGAGCCACCUUAAAAAAGCUGAAUAUAUACCUCAUUAAUAAACUGGGCUAUAAUAAUCAUUUUAUAUAUUUCGUUUUGUUUGUUUUUUUUUUUUUACUGUAGCAUUCUGUGUCAUGAUCAUUCACUAUUUUUCGUUCCUAAAUGUUAAAAAUAAAUACUGGAAAUACUUUAUUUUACCUUCCAUCUGUUUAGUUUGUAAACAGCCUGAAUGGCAGCUAUGUCUAAAUGUCCAGAUUAUGUGUGGCGAGAAAUUGAACCUUGAGAAAUACUAUCUACACGACAAGCUGCCCAAUGAGUCAAUAAUUUCAAUGCUUAGUAAAUGAUGGCAAAAUGCUUAAAUAACAAUGAUUAUAGUAAAAAGCAUAACAAUUCUUUACGAUUUUUUUCCACGAUGAAAGCGUUUCCUUUACGGUCAGCAACUAAUUGUGAAGCUGCGAUCUCAGCAAUCCAAGCAAUCUUGUGAUAGUUUUUUUUCUUGUUUAUUCAACAAAUAAAAGCCUCGGACUCUUAACAAAAGGGACAUCUGUAUGUACUCGAACGCUUUAAAUCUAUCUUCUGGUGAAUAAUUACAUAAAAUCUUAGAAAAUUAAAGAAAUAUUCGGGAAAGUGUUUAGAGCCGAUUAGCCGAUAAAACGCGAAGGGCGCGAGUGAAAGGUAAGCUUGCAGUUUCUCGAUUAAGAGGAGGACUUAGAGCUAUUUUCCUUUUGAUUUACUGAUCCUUUCCUAUUAAGGGAUUUUUUAAUACCCAAGCUCCAAGCGUAACAUCUCGAAGCAAUAACUUUUGAUGUUUUAGAAUUGCCUUUUGUUUGACUAUAAAAUGUUUGGUCAGAUCGAUCAUACGGCAGAAAUAGCAACAUGCGCAUACUUCUUCGGUUUUCAAAGAACUGACAAGGUAAAUAGAAAUUAUUUUUUAAUCUGUUGAAAAACGACACAUCUUUUUCACAAGAAAUAGCUAGAACCUCCCAGACUAACAGGACACAAAGCCAGUCCGCGUGUCCUGCGUGUUGCGCAUUUCUUUCGCGUCGCGCGCUACUACCUCGGCAUUUGCAGAAAAUGUGCGCAGUAACAAUAAUGGGCACCGUCCUUAAAGUGGAAGUUAAAAUUAUUGCCAAAGGCUAUUUAAUCUUUCCCAUUUAAAACUGGCGUGGACGUCGCCGGUAGAGACAGUUGUCGUUUACAAGAUGUUUUAGUUGCUUAUACUAUACUGAUGCAGCGAAGACCACAACUAGCAAUUUCCGUAGCGUCGGAACCGCUGCCUCUGCGAUUCUUGAAAGCUUACUCUGGCCAGAUUUUUCCACCUAGAAAUCUUCUGACUCUGACGAAAGUAAUUUCAAGUUCACACGUCAUGUUGCUUGCUGUGCGUGAUCGGCAUUGAAAGACGUGAAAUGAAUUACCCGCUAAGUUUAAAAUUAACAUGACGCCAUUCUCACCGACCAAUGAGGUGUCGUCGUUUAAGUUACCCAGCAGUAUGACACAAAAACUUGGCAUAGAUUUCAGGUAAUUUUCGUUAGGAAGAGGGUCAUGUAUAAGGGAUUCGCUCUCUUAAAUUAAUCUCUCUUCGGCUGAUAUCAUAGAAAACUUGUAUAUUUAAUGGCUCCAUCUUAACAACUUCCACGGCACUUACAAAGUUUAGCGAAGUGUAUAAUUACUUAUAAAGGCGGAUGUUAGCAGCUGUUGCAACUGGGAAGAUUGGUAAAUUAUAAAGGUUGAGCCAAAGAAAAACCGUUUUCUUUGUUGCCCAAGUGAAUGGAACAAAGCUAUUGAAAUGAAAUCUUUUUUAUCUACUGCAAAACAGUUCAGUGUGUAGAUGUAAUAGAUAUUUGAAACCAGCUAUCUCGACUUCCGUCUUUGGUCAAUUAGAUAUAAUUAUUUAAAUACACAAGCGGGGUCUUUUUCAACUUAGUAACUUCCCGAUGCAGGUUUGAUGACAGCCUUCAAAAGCUGUUGUGACGUCAUUGUCACGUGACAUUCAUUGCGAUCGCCCAAAAAAUAAUAUGAUGAUAAAAUUUAGUCUAUGUGUAACACAUGUGUUAUAAUGAUGGAAGGUGUGCCUACAAAAAUACUGGGUCGAGCUACCUUAAGACACUCAACCUUUAUCCAUUAUCUAUUAUUAUUAUUAAUUAUUAUUUUUAUUAUUACUAUUAUUAUUAUCAUAGAUGGAUUAUAUUUUCCACAAUUAGUUAAUUGUUUUUCGUUAUUUUAUUAUUUGAUAUACAGGGCGCGCACGUUUGAGUUUGUCACUUUACAACAUCAGUGUAUUUGUGGAGUGUUAAAAUUACCUGCGUUAAGUUAUAUAAUUACAAACCUUCCUAUUUGAAUAUAGGCCGCAAUAUUGAGCAGCUGUUCUGCAAAGAAGCCAAACCUUACCAGAAGAAGCAAGCGAGUUGAGACUAGUAAAGAUGAACACAACAGCGAAUGGAUCGAACCUUUGGGUAUGUAGCAGUCUGAUAGACGCAUCGGCGUCGAAAAUUGGGCGAAUCAUUGGUUCUGGUCUGAUCCUUGGCUUUUCCCUUUUCGGAAAUUCGAUCAUCGGAUUAACUGUUUAUAAAACGCCAACCUUGAGAAAACCCAUAAAUUAUUUGAUCGCAAACAUGGCCAUAUCAGACAUGCUGUUUCCAUUUUUCACGAUUCCUCUGCGUCUUGCAGAGAUCCAUUCUGGCGGCUCUUGGCCUACUGGUGGUCUUCUUGGCCAAGCCCUGUGCAAACUUGCUGUCUACUUAACCCACGUCUCCUUCGGUGUGUCGAGUCAAAGCCUAGUUCUGAUAGCACUUGAUCGCUAUGUCGCCGUGGUGUUCCCACUUCGUUCUCCAUUCAUUAGUCACAAAUUGUUUCCCUUCUUCAUUCUUGCUACUUGGGUUGUUGCCUUGGCUUUUUUUGCGCCAUAUAUGAUCGUCGCAAAAUUUGAUGAUGGCACGCAGGGGACUUUUUGUUACUUUGAUUGGUAUGGAACCUUCGAAGGAUCCUGGCCCAUUGAGAAUCACUACAUAGUAGUGUUCACAGCGUUUUGUUUUAUCCCUGCAGUCCUGUUGGUCAUUGUGUACUCCAUCAUCCUCAUCAAGCUCAAACUACACGCGCCUCCGGGUGAGCAGUUGACCAACGCCACAAAACAGCGCGAAAGGAAAAAUAGAAAUGUGUUAAGGAUGGCCAUUGCUAUCAUGCUAGCAUUUUUCUUCUGCUCUGUACCCAUCACCACUACACGUUUAAUCACGGUACAUCAACCGGAGGAUAGUUCCAUUUGGUCCAGCUGCGGUUUCCGGUUAUUUACUCUCCUCGCACACCUCAUUUUCGACGCAAACUGUGCUAUAAACCCUCUGAUUUGCCUCAUUUUUAGCAAUAAUUAUCGUCAAGGCCUCAAGAGGCUUCUAAAAUGCUAA